AUGGCGGCGUGGGACAUGACCCAUUCAGAUUCAAUGUCCCCAAGUUCUGUUGGAGUUGAGACACUUGAAACUCCUGUGACAUUUCUGAGAAAGGCAUUUGAGUUACACGAAUCCAGGUUAGGUUCGACUGUCUUACAACUGAUAAUCAUCGUACAAGACUUUUUAUUACACCUCAUGGAAAUCUUUACGCACUGGAGAUCACUACAUGGACUUGCCAUGUUUAUUCUCUUCGCAGCACUCAGCAAAGGAUCAGCUUGUGAGGCUCCUUCAGCUCCUUUAUGCUUCAGAAGAAACGAAGAUGAGAAUCGUUAUACUUGUGAAUGGAACUCCAGUGAGAGUGAUGUGAUGUUUGACCUUUACUCUGAUGAUGGUGAGAUAAAGCUUAGCAUCACUAAGAAAUACCAUACAUUCCCUGCGGAAAGUCUGAUUGUUGGUUUUCCUAUCAACAUUUGGGUGGAAGCUAAAACAGGAAACUCCACAUGCAGAUCACCCAGCUGGUCUGGUACACUCAAGUACACAGUUAAAUAUGAAGUGCCACAGAAUAUUUCAGUCUCCUGGUCAAGAAACAAUCUCAGUUUGAGCUGGCUGGCUGCAGAGACACAUCCAGCUUUAGUGGAGGUCUGGUUUCAACGAGAUGGGCAUCCUAGAGAAAAAUGGGAAAACAUAUCAACAAAUACCACCUAUGAAGCUUCCAAAUACAAGGUCAUCAUUGCGAAUCUCCUGGAGCAUUCAGCUUACCAGGUUAAGAUCAGACAUAAAUCCACAAAAGCCAAACACCCCCUGUGGAGCAACUGGUCUCCAGUUGAGACUGUUCCUGCAGAACUUGAACUUUCGCCUGAAGUAACCCAAACAAUAAGACUUGCAAAUGGUACAAGAGAGGUGAAGCUAACUUGGAAGCCUGCGUCGCAUGCAGCAGCGGUCAAAGGUGUGACAUACAGCAUAAAUGACACACAGUCUUAUCAUCGCUGCCCUUGUGAGCAGAAGACAAGGGACACCAAUUCAAACACUUACACCAUUAAGGUGUCACACUCGGCGGUCAACAUCUCUGUUGUUGCCAGAAAUGCAGCAGGGCAGUUUACCCUGAAAACUGUGCAACUGCCUGCCGCACCUAUGGCAGAUUUAAAAAUUUGUGACAAGACAUUAUUGGAUGGAAAAAAAAUAAAGAAGAAAACCUGCCUUGAGUGGUACGAGCUUCAGGAUGCCGAUUUGAAACCAGAAAAAGUGAUGAUUUUAACAGCAAAAGAACAAAAGAAAAGGAAAAAAAUAAUGCAAAGCAUGAGGGACUACAUCCGCUACCUUUACUUUGAACACAGAUGUGAGGGUGGGAAACCACAGACAAUUAAAAUGUGUCUCUUUUAUAAGAAGGAGGGAGUGCCAAUAAAAGAACCUCAGGACUUCAAAGUUCUUGGUGAAACACAUAAUUCAGCUGACCUGUCCUGGAAAGCAAUUUCAUAUGAGCACCAACAGGGCUUCCUCACACACUAUAAACUGUGCAGGGAGAAAAUAGGCUCAAAGGAGGAGCCAAGAGAAUGCUUCAACAUAUCAGCAUCACUGGCCAAGCAGCAUUUGGAAAAUUUGACACCAGAUGCCAAAUACAACAUCAGCCUAGCUGGGGUGACACAUGCUGGAGAAGGACCUUUAGCCACAGUAAUUAUCAACACAUCGCCAGAGAAGCCAGUGAAUGUUUGGUGGAGUUUCGGGUUGCUGUUUGUCUUCUUCUUCUUCUCAACCAUGUGCACUGUUGUCUUGAAGAGAAUCAAAAUCAAACUCUGCCCGCCUGUACCGACACCUGUAAUUCCAGAUUUCAUCUCCCGUGAAGCAGACACUGAGGAGAAGUGGGAGAAGGAAGAGGAAGUACAUGAGCUAACGCUGCACCAAUGUCUUCCUGAGGAGAAGUCUGUUCCACCAGAGGCCACCCCCCUCAAGCAUGACUGGGAUGAUGAAACUGAGAGGGAUGUGGAGGAUGACUCUGAAGGAUCCAGUGAUGAGAGUGUGUGUCCUGACUCGACAGAUCGGGCACUGAGGAAAGGAGAGUUGACACAGCUCGAACAGCUGGACACUGAACUUGCCAUGCUCAUAUACAAGAAUGGUUUGGUGUUCGAUGUAAAGACAGAAUCACCUUAAAGGGACCUAAUGUUCUUGAUGCUUCACUGCACAAAACGGACAAACAAGCUGACCUAUUUGUUGUAUUCGUGGAGAAUUUUCUUCCUUUAAAGUGGAGUAGGUGAUGCAUGGACAAUUCAAAAAAACAAGAUGAAUUUUUAUACUAUACAACCAAAAUCAGCCUCUUCCUUCAAAUCUCUUUCACAAUUACACCUUCUUGUGUUGACGAGGCGUAAUUGAAAAUGCACUACCAGGAACUUACCAAUGUAAUAAAAUAUAGCCACUGUCAGCAUACAGUAUAGGCAAGAUACCCAUAUAACCACUGAGCGUGUUUGCUCUCCCAGUGCAACGUGUUUACAAUGUCACUGACAACUAAUGGAAGCUCCACCACUAACUGUUUGCCAACAGCACUUGUCAUGGGCAGAUCCAAUUAUUUUAUUUAGCCAAAGAAGAGGGUCUUAUCAAUCGUUGAACCUCAGAUUCAGGAGGAACAAUGCAGGUUCUGGCUGGGAGUCCAAGACCAGCUCUGCACCCUCCCUGGGCUCCUGGAGGUGGCAUGGAAGAUUGCACAACCAAUUCACUAAGGGCCAAUAAUAAUAAUUAAGCUUUGUGGACUCAUAAAAGCCAUGGGACAUGGAUAUUUUGUGGGAGACAUGCUUUAAGAGUUUACGGGUACUGGGUCAAUUGCAAUGGGCUAUUUAUCCCCAAUUCAAACGGCCUGCAACAAGGGUAGUAAGUCAGGCCCUGUUUACACGGAGAAAAAACGGUGGUGUUUUCAUGCGUUUUGGCCGUUCGUUUACACGAAAACAGAGCUCAAAGCCCCCAAAAACGAUCAUUUCUGAAAACUCCGGCCAAAGUGGAGAUUUUUAAAAACUCCGUCUUCACGUUUGCUUGUAAACGGAGGGAAACGGAGAUUUAGGCUUCAGAACGUCACAUUAUGCUACAGAAACGUCACCUGCGUCAUGAGGGCGACCUGUGUUUACAAUUAGUUUGGCCACCGUCAAUAUUUUCUUGUAUUUUACCUGUUUUAUAUUCUAAAGUCACACUUAAAAGUAACUCCACUUCUCUGUCACUCUAAACGAAAGACUCUCGUUCCGUCUUGGAAGUAAAGCAUGAUUUAUGGUCCCGCGUUAAAUCGACGCAGAACCUACGGCGUAGGGUACGCGGCGACGCUCGCUGUACGGUGCGCGUCGCCGCGCAUCGCCGCGAACCCUACUGCCCCUGCAACUCAAACAAAAAUAAACAAACGUUACUGGAUCGAUAUGUGCUUUUUGAAUGGUCACUUACUUAACUGUAUUUUUUUUAAAUAAUGUAUUUGCAUGUUUUUAUUUAAACUAUAAUUGUGUGUAAAACUUGUUUUAUUAUUUACUCACAGUAUGUUUCAGUUGUCAUUGAGUAAAGAUUACAUGAAAGCAACUGGGAAACAGUCUACGAGAGCAAAAUAUUUAACCACUCUCCUGCUUUUUAAUUGCACUUGGUCAACAAAUCUUUUUUAUUUAUAUAAGGGACAAAAAAGACUCCUGUUUCAUACUUUGGUUAAUCUGUGUUUUGGUAUGUACUGUAUUUACAAGCUCGAUUUUUCAAAGGAAACUUGCUGACUGUAAGUUUGUUAAACAUUUUUAGUUAUUAAAAGUGAAUCUGAAUUUGCUUUAAUUACAUUAAGCAUUGCGGUCUUGGACUGUAGGCAGCUCUUUAUGCAAAUCAGCAACAUAUUAUGAAUUAAAACUAGAUACCUCAAAUUUUACUGCUCCAAAUAGUGGUCCCAUGACAAUCCAGGGAACAAAACUAAAAAUGCAAGAACAAAGCAUAGAGUGCACAUAUGUUGAUGAAGCUUUAAGUCACUUGACACCUCUGUGUCUUAAGAAAGGCUUUGGAGCCCCUUUUUCUUUGCAUAGUGCUGUAUUGGAACACGACCACUGUAUGUCAAUCAAAGUCGGUUGUGGCAACCAAGUGCCAACCAUCUAACUUCCGGGUUGGGUUACAUGUGGAACAAAGAUUUGUUGUAGUUCCUCAUCUUAUCUCUAGAGGCUCGCUGCAAAAGCGGGUCAAUAUCCAUUGACUCCCAUUUUAAAAUAUCCAACCUUAGAGCAGUAUCAAACAUAUUUGAAGCCCAGUUCAAAAAACAAUUUUGUUCUAAAUUGUUAGAUUUCACACCCAUAACGACUCUGAGGGGUGGGAAUUUUAUUGUACCAUGCCAGGUGAAUUUAUAUAAAGCAAUAUAUUUAUUUCCUAUAGGAUUGAUUGACAGCUCAGCCAAUGAUUAACCACUAUCCCUUCUUUAUCUGUAAUCGUGUAAUCGUUGCAAUGCAAGUUUAUUUCUAUAGCACAAUUCAACAACAAGGUGAUUCAAAAUUGCAAACGCACUAUUUGAUUUCACAGUCGAGUAUGUUCAGCUGUAAGAGUCUGCCGGCAACUCUGCAAUAGGGAUCCACCAAAGGAGCUGGUAGCCAAAGCUGACUUUGAUUGACAUAUAGUGGGCUCUUUUCAGAAACCAAUGUCCCAUUGGUUUCUGAAAAGAGCCCACUAUAUGUCAGUGAGUUAAUGCUUCGUCCAUUGUUUUUUAUAGUUUGCUAUCAGCUUCUUCAGCCGGCCCCCUCCGAAAUAGCUGCAGAGCUGCCAGCAGACAUUUACAGUGGAAUAUCUCAUUUCACAUAUUGACCUCAUAUUGAAAUCAAAAAUGUUUCAAAAAAAAGGUUUUUGUGAAUGGAAUAGUCCAAACACCUUAAUAGGCUACCUGUCAGUCAUGUUAUAUGCAUGAUCACGCGAUGAUGUGACGUAAGUUUUCAGCAAGAAAAUAAAGUCAACAAAAGAAUAUACAUGACAAAAAUAGCGUAGCAUCAUGUUUACAAGUCCAAACAAAAAAGCAGUGAACAAAAGAGAAAAGAAAAAAAGAGCCAGGACAAUGUUGAAACAAAAAUGACAAAUUUGGAUACGAGUGUGGCCAGUCACAAUGUUAGCCUACAUGCGACAAUUGCAGUUUCCUAUAGUGGAUGUGCAUGUAUGUGUACAUGCGGUAUGUGCUUUUGUUUAGGGCAGGGGUGGAGGCACAAAAAAAAUAUUUACACCGGGACCUGUCACGAUGAUGUUACGCCACUGGCAUUCACCACUCAUUAGUGAGCUGACUGUCAGUAAGUCAUAUUAGAAAUGAAUGUAUUGCUUUACAUAAACUUUCCUGACAUGGUAAAAAAUAAAAAAUAAAAAAUCACCAAAGUGUUGUGAAAGGUAAGCGGUUGGCAGGAAGUGGUCGUUUAAAAAAAAAUGCUUUGACCUCAAAAUAGUUGCUCAUGUUAGGUGAAAAACCAGAUUACUCAUUACCAAAGCAACUUUGGUGCUUUUUCUAUCUUAUGCAAACUAAAAUGUGUCCUGUUUUUAUAACACGAUGACAGACAUGCAGCAUUUUCCACCACUCUGAAGAAGAAAUGCUUUUUUGCAUGUUUCUUUACGACUUGACGGAUGAUUAUUGUGUGUUUAUCUCACACAGCUUGAAAAUUAAAAGUUCUCUAUCUUGCCCUGGAGGCUGCGAUAACUAAUGUUUGUUACAUAUAGUAUUGUUUUGUUUAUGCAUAAGGUACUUCAGUAAAAAAGAAUAUUUAAUUAUGCAAAUGUGUUACAUUACUGUUCAAAACUUAAGUAUCAAAGUUCAAAGUCUAUAAUUUAA